ACACAAAUUCAUAGAAAGAAAGAGAGAUGGCUAAGAGAAAUGAGGAAGAAGCUAAUGCCCAAGUUAACAUAUGGAAUUAUGUAUUCGGCUUCGCAGACAUGGCAGUAAUUCGUUGCGCCAUUGAUCUUGACAUACCCGACAUCCUUGAAAACCAUGUGGCCGAUAGCCCCAUGACUCUCUCCGAUCUAUCCUCAGCCGUCGGAUGUCCCCCUUCCACCCUCCACCGCAUCAUGCGAUAUUUAGUCAAUCGUCGCAUCUUUUGCGAAGAGCCCAUAGAAAUUGAUGGCUCCAAAUCAAAGGGUUAUGUCCCAACUCCUAUUUCUCGUCUCCUCAUGAGAAACCAUAACAAAAGCAUGGCCUCAUUCAUUCGGUUGCAGAGCAGCCCUUUUAUGUUGGCACCCUGGUUGGGACUAAGCAAAAGUGUCCUAACUGACUGCAAAUCCCACGCGUUUGAAGUAGCCAACGGCAAGGAUGUAUGGAGCUAUGCUGAGGCAAAUGCAGACCGUAUCAAGAUGAUCAACGAUGGAAUGGCGUGUGAUGCCAGGCUGACGGUGCCAGCUAUUAUUCGAGGAUGUCCGGAGGUUUUCCAAGGAUUGGAGUCGGUUGUGGAUGUCGGUGGAGGGGAUGGCACGACGCUGAAUUUGCUGGUGGAGGCUUUUCCGUGGAUUCGUGGCAUUAAUUUUGAUCUUCCACAUGUUGUUUCCGUCGCAAAAGAAUGUGUUGGUGUUGAACAUGUUGGCGGGGACAUGUUCAAAAUGAUUCCAAAAGCUGAUGCAAUUUUCAUGAAGUGGACUCUGCAUGACUGGGGAGAUGAAGAUUGCAUCAAGAUCUUGAAGAAUUGUAAAGAUGCUCUUACGAAAGGCAAAGGCAAGGUGAUAAUAGUGGAGGCGUUACUUAAAGAAGACGGAGUCGGAGUCGAGGAAGCGGAAGAGAAGGUGAAGGAAGAAGACGAUCUUGAGUAUGUGAGGCUCAUGUUGGAUAUGGUGAUGAUGGCUCAUACUGAAACCGGAAAAGAAAGGACACAAAAACAAUGGGAAGAUGUUCUCAACAAAGCUGGCUUUUCUCGAUACACUGUUCAUUGCAUUCCAGCCGUUCAAUCUGUGAUCGUUGCUUAUGCUUGAUCGAUCCUAGAUUUAAUAAAAAUAAAUAAAGAUAUUUCUUUAUUAAUGAAUGUUGGAAUGUUGGAAUGCUAAUAAAGUUGUAAUCUCUAUAUUUUAUAUAUUUCCUAUUAAUGUCAAUAAUGUUGGUUUCAUUAACUUAUAUAACAUAUUUUGUAAUUAAA